UUUCAUCACAUAUUUCAUUUCAACCAUCACUAUUUCCAUUUCAUAGCUCAAAAACAAGUGCAUAAAAAUGAAAAUGGAAAUUUCAUUCACAUGCAUUUUGCACUGCAUUUCACAUUUUUGAAAAAAAAAAGAAAAAGGAAAUAGAGGUUCUUUCAAGAUAAAUUCAUGAAAAGUCCAUCUUUUAGACAUCAAAAUAAUUUUGGAGCAUCACAUCAUCCAUUUUCUCCAAGUAUCACACCAUUCAUUUUUUCUUCAGGCUUCAUGGCAUUUGCUUUCUUUUCAAAGAAAUGAUAUUUCAUAUGAAUGCCAAUUUAAUGGGUUGCAAUAGUGAAUCGCCAGCUUUUCUUUUGAAACAUGCUUGGCAUACUUAAUGAAGAAAAAUCCAUGCUUUAGGAUACAACUCCACACACAUUAUCACUUUAGAGCAUAUGUAUCUUCUUGCAUCCUUUGUCUAUUGUUGAGCAUCCAUGUUUAUUUCUUGUCUUGCAUUCCCAUAAUCUUGUUUGAUUCUCUGCCUUCGACAAUUGAAAUAUGGAUUCAUACAUGGUCAAGUGCGAUUCUUCGUCAAUCAAGACACCUUUUGAAAUAUUCAUCCAUGGAGAAAGUUUUGACCAACAAAGGAUUGAGGAGAUUUCCAAUUGCAAGCAUCUCUCUCCUAUCAUUCACAAUUGCCAAGUCUAGGGGGGCAAGCUUAGAAAGACAUGAACCAAGAGCAGCCUUGAAGAUCAAAAGCUCAGGCACAUCACACUUUAUAUGGCUCUAGCAAUCAAGGGAUUCUCUAAGGAAAAGAAUGCAACUACUCAUUGAACAAUUGUACUUUGAAAGAUCUAGGAGUCAGAUUUUGCUAAGGACUUGAAUGCUACCAUGUUGAUGUACUUAGUGUGAUGUACUAGGCUUUUGCUUUGUAAUGAAUGAUCUUUGUAAUGCAUGUUGAACUGCUUGUAAGUGUUUUUUUCUAUAGCCCUUGAAGUCUAUGGAAAUCUCAAGGCGUUCAAAGAUAUUUUGCUUCAUCUGAGGCUCCUUAAGGAUUGGAAAUCAACAAUGUGUGAAUCC